CGGCCGUGGGAACUGUCACUGGACUUCAACCGUUGAAUCUCCACCAAGAAUAGUUACACUGGACUUUUUGAACUUGAAAACUGAAAAUUACUUGACCAACUUGUGGCCAUUGUCGCGAUACAUCUUAGAUACGAAGGAUCAAGUUGGCGGGUCGGGCGAAGCAAGUCAUCCCUAGGCGAAAGUCUUGUUCUUUGUGAGAUAAAAUGGAUUCAGCAGAGGUUGAAUUUUUAGCAGAGAAAUUGCCGAUCACCAUUGUGCCCAAUUUUUCACAAGACAAACUUUACCUGAUAUCUGGAGAUGUUGGUCCUUUUAAAUCCAGUGGCUCCAAAGCCAGUGUUAUCAUUGGAUUUGGAGUUUAUAGUAAUGCAUGUUAUUGUAGGAAAAGAAAACUUUCUCUUUUUUUUUUAGGUUUGCCAAUGGAAGUCCCUUUGUGGUUGGGGAUAAAUCUUCGUCAGAGGGGUAGGUGCCGUUUAGUUCCUCCAGAAUGGAUGGAUGCUGAGAAAUUAGCUGAGAAAAAGGAAGAAGAAAGCCAGUCUAAGUGCAUCCCCUUUUACAAACUUUACAAAAAUGCUAUGCCUUGUGAGCAUUAUUUGGGAGCCCAGCUAAUACUGGCAGCAGCUCCUGAGGAUAUACCAAAUUCCCAACAAAUCAAAACUCUGAUUAAGGAUAUCUGGGAUCUUCGGAUUGCAAAGCUAAGGUCAUCAGUAGCAGAGUUCAUUCAGAGUGAAGGAACACGUGCAAAAUUGGAUCAUCUAACCCUCAUAGAAAUCAACACAGUGCGGCCAUUCCUUCCACAUUCGUUAGAUCAUCUUUACAGGUUUUCUAAAAAUGCUUUUAGUAGCAGUCUAAGUCAGACUCAAGAGUUUUCAUGAAUUUUUUAUGAUUCUGGAAUGUAGAAUAGAAUUUUUAUAUUUUUACUUUGUAGCUGUAGAAAAGUUAUGGAAAUAUAAUGUUUUUAAUAUUUUUGUAA